CAUCAUCCCCUACAUGCUGGAGGCCGUACGAGAGGGACUGCAGCUGUAUGGUCGCAGGGCUGCGUGGGAGGACCCUGCUGCUUGGGUGAUUGACACUUACCCGUGGUCAGCCACACCCACUCCAUCUGAUUGGCCCCCGCUGCUGCAGCUCCGCCCAGAGGAUGUGGGAUUUGAUGGCUAUUCUGCCCCGAGGGAAGGUGUCAGGAAAGAGCCACCACAGAGCGACAGCGAUGCAGACCCACUGAUGAACAUGCUGAUGCGUCUGAAGGAGGCAGCGACGUCAUCGAGCCCGCAGAGCUACGACAGCGACUCCAACAGCAACAGCCACCAGGACGACAUCCUGGACUCGUCGCUGGAGUCGACUUUGUGAUGCCAACACUGAGAUCGGUUUUCAGGAGGAACUGUUCUCACCAGGAGAACUUCUUGUUUAGAGUAUAAUUUAAUGCCACAAAAUCCAGCCACCUUAAUUUGGGUGCAGGUAACCCAAAUAUUUAAAAAUUAAAAGGAUCAAACUGCAUUUCA